AUGGUCGAACCGGAUAUGCAGAAGAAGGCAGGUGGUGGCAGUGGCGGUUCUGAAAUGGACGUCUUGAACACUGCCAACAACAACAAUAAACAAGGAUUUCCAAGCAACAAGAGAAAUGCAACAACCAAUAAGAAGCCAGGGAACAAGGUCCCCAAUGGAAGAGAUAACGCACACAAUUAUCAUGGGCAACGCCGCGGACAGAAUAGCAAACAACAGAGGUCAAGAGCGCCUUAUAGGGAAGCCUCAACUAACAUUGAUGAUCAAGAUAUAGAUAUGUCUAUUCAGGAGGAAAUUAUGGGUGGUAAUUUCAAAUUAAGAGGCAGGAAAACUCAGGUGUCCAUCAACCACUUGUUAAAUUUUCAACUACCUGAAGUCAAAAGGGAGAAAAGUAGAUCUUCUUCCAACAAGAAAUCGAAUAGAAGGCGCGAUGAGCACGUGCACUUGCAUGGUGACUCGUUUGUCAACGUUAAUUAUCGUUUUUUGGUAGAUGACCGUUUUGAUUAUCCAGAACAAAGCAAUGAUCCCAAUAUUCCUGUCGAUCAAGAAAAGAUUCUAAGAGUUAUAGUACCAAAGGGUCAGAAUUGCUCCAUUUGUCUUAGUGAGGAACCGGUAGCUCCAAGAAUGGUUACUUGUGGCCACAUUUUCUGUCUGAGUUGCCUUUUGAACUUCUUCUCCAUUGAAGAAACCAUCAAGAAUAAAGAAACUGGAUAUUCAAAGAAGAAGAAAUACAAGGAAUGCCCACUUUGCGGGAGUAUUAUUGGUCCCAAAAGAGUCAAGCCUGUUCUAUAUGAAGAUGAUUUUGAUCUAACGAGGUUAAACGAAAAGCCUGAACCCGGUGCCACGGUGAAUCUACAAUUGAUGUGCAAGCCACAUGGCUCACUACUACCUUUGCCAGUAGCACUGCACUUGAAUCCAUUGAAAUGCGGGAACUUUCCUCCUGCAAGUUUGGAAUCGAUAAAGCAUUAUGCGCAUAUCAUGAAAUGUGGUGUACCUUAUUCUCUGGAGCUUUACCAAAAGGACAUUGUUGCUAUACAAGAACAAUAUGAAAUCGACAAAGCCAUUUAUAAUGAUAGUGGAAUAUUUGUUAAACAGUCCGUUGAGAAUAUCAAUGACCAAAUUUCGACUCUACUGGCAGCAACCGCUGAGUUGAGUCCAUUUUCUAACGAUAUCGACAAUGGAUUAGACAAUUUUCAUUUUGAUGAUGAUCUUUUGACUAAGUACGAUGACACGUCUGCUUAUUUUUUUUAUCAAACAUUAGUGGCAUCAUCUACAAAGUAUUAUUUAUCUCCACUUGAUGUUAAGAUUUUAUUAACAAUUUUUCACCAUUAUUCAAAAUUUCCAGAGAGUAUCGAAACAACAAUAGAAAACAUACAUUAUGAUACGGUGGUAACGGAACAAUUGAUUCGCCGGUACAAAUAUAUUGGCCAUCUUCCGAUUGGCACUGAAAUUGCUCUUUUAGACUUAAACUGGCGUAAAAUACCGUUCCUCCCCAAAGAUAUUUACGAACAGUUUGCUCCCGAGCUAAAACAACGUCGAAGAAAAUUCACAAUGAAGAAGCAAAAGGAGGAUAAGGAAAAGAAGCUCUAUGAAAAAAGACUGGAACAGGAACAUGCUGAGUUUUACAGAAAUGAAAAUGGCAACAGCCCUAAGUUUGAGGACUCUGUGCAGAUGGCUACCAAUUACGAGUCCAUUGUAAAUUCCCCUGUACCCCUCAAUUCUCUAGGAAUAUCUGUAUUGGGGCCACCGAUGAAUACAUCUACUGUUCCUCCAAAAAAAAAGCCUUCUCACACGGAAAGAACGAUUUGGGGGACUUCAAUCGCAGUAACAGAAGACGAAAAUGCUUCAAAAGAGAACAAGAAAUUUCAAGAUAUGCUACUGCAGCGAAUAAGGCAAGAAGACAGUUCAGACGCUACGGACUCAACAGAUUCUCCUCCCACGAGUAGUGGCAGGAGAGGCAAGAAGAAAAAGGGGAAAGUUAUGCUCUUCAGCAGUAAUCAUCAAGCUUUGGGUUAG